CAGCCCGCCCUGGGGUGGAGCCAAGCCCGCCCUGGGGUGAUAAGACGACCUCAGGGGCUGCCCUCUGAAGCUCCAAAGAGAAAGCAGAGGGAAGGGAGCACCAGGCCUGCAGGUGUGGAGGCUGAGGCCAGACACAACUGCAGCCAUGGCGGGGAUGAAGACCGCCUCUGGGGACUACAUUGACUCGUCCUGGGAGCUACGAGUGUUUGUGGGAGAGGAGGACCCCGAGGCCGAGUCGGUCACCCUCCGGGUCACAGGGGAGUCGCACAUUGGUGGGGUACUCCUGAAGAUCGUGGAGGAGAUCAAUCGCAAGCAGGACUGGUCAGACCACGCCAUUUGGUGGGAACAGAAGAAACAGUGGCUGCUGCAGACACACUGGACUUUGGACAAGUAUGGAAUCCUGGCCGACGCCCGCCUCUUCUUUGGGCCACAGCACCGGCCGGUCAUCCUGCGGUUGCCCAACCGCCGUGCCCUGCGCCUCCGCGCCAGCUUCUCGAAGCCCCUCUUCCAGGCCGUGGCUGCCAUCUGCCGCCUCCUCAGCAUCCGGCAUCCUGAGGAGCUCUCUCUGCUUCGGGCUCCUGAGAAGAAGGAGAAGAAGAGGAAGGAGAAGGAGCCAGAGGAAGAGGUGUAUGACUUGAGCAAGGUCGUCCUGGCUGGGGGCAUGGCACCUGCGUUGUUUCGGGGGAUGCCAGCCCACUUCUCAGACAGUGCCCAGACAGAGGCCUGCUACCACAUGCUGAGCCGGCCCCAGCCACCGCCUGACCCCCUCCUGCUCCAGCGCCUGCCCCGGCCCAGCUCCCUGUUGGACAAGACCCAGCUCCACAGCAGGUGGCUGGACUCGUCACGGUGUCUCAUGCAGCAGGGCAUCAAGGCUGGAGACGUGCUCUGGCUGCGCUUUAAAUACUACAGCUUCUUCGACCUGGAUCCCAAGACAGACCCAGUGCGGCUGACCCAGCUGUACGAGCAGGCUCGGUGGGACCUGCUGCUGGAAGAGAUCGACUGCACCGAGGAGGAAAUGAUGGUGUUUGCAGCCCUGCAGUACCAUGUCAACAAGCUGUCCCAGAGUGGGGAGGUGGGUGAGCCUGCUGGCCCUGACCCGGGGCUGGAUGACCUGGACGCAGCCCUGAGCGACCUGCAGGUGAAGCUGGAGGGAUCCGCGCCCACAGAUGUGCUGGACAGCCUCACCGCCAUCCCAGAACUCAAGGACCAUCUCCGAAUCUUCCGGCCCCGGAAGCUGACCCUGAAGGGCUAUCGCCAGCACUGGGUGGUGUUCAAGGACACCACCCUGUCCUACUAUAAAAGCCAGGAUGAAGCCCCAGGGGACCCCAUUCAGCAGCUCAACCUCAAGGGCUGUGAGGUAGUCCCGGACGUCAAUGUCUCUGGCCAGAAGUUCUGCAUCAAACUCCUAGUGCCCUCACCUGAGGGCAUGAGCGAGCUCUACCUACGGUGUCAGGAUGAGCAGCAAUAUGCCCACUGGAUGGCCGGCUGCCGACUGGCCUCUAAGGGCCGCACCAUGGCAGACAGCAGCUACGCCAGCGAGGUGCAGGCCAUCCUGGCCUUCCUCAGCCUGCAGCGGACAGGCGGCGGGGGCUCGGGAAACCACCCCCAGGGCCCCGACGCCUCUGCUGAGGGCCUCAACCCCUAUGGCCUUGUGGCUCCCCCCCUCCCCCCGGGCCAACCACUCUGGGACAGUGCCCCUUCCCAGGCCCAGCAUCCUGUCUCAAUGACAGGGCAGGCGGGGAGCCUCAGGGCCUUUGUGGGAGGGGAAGAGGCCCCGGCAUCCCCUCACAGUACGACCCUGCAGCUCACCCCACGGAUCCUUGAAGCCCACCAGAACGUGGCCCAGCUGUCGCUGACCGAGGCCCAGCUGCGCUUCAUCCAGGCCUGGCAGUCCUUGCCCGACUUCGGCAUCUCCUACUUUAUGGUCAGGUUCAAGGGCAGCAGGAAAGACGAGAUCCUGGGUAUCGCCAACAACCGACUGAUCCGCAUUGACCUGACGGUGGGUGAUGUGGUCAAGACCUGGCGCUUCAGCAACAUGCGCCAGUGGAACGUCAACUGGGACAUCCGGCAGGUGGCCAUCGAGUUUGAUGAGCACAUCAACGUGGCCUUCAGCUGUGUGUCCGCCAGCUGUCGCAUUGUGCACGAGUACAUCGGAGGCUACAUUUUCCUGUCGACUCGAGAGCGGGCCCGCGGGGAGGAGUUGGAUGAGGACCUCUUCCUGCAGCUAACAGGAGGCCACGAAGCCUUCUAAGGGCUGACAGCCCUGCCCUGCUUACCACCAGCCAUGGCCACUCCCACGCCUACACCCACUGGGACUCGGUGUCCCACACCCUCUCCAGACACGCACAAGCUGGACACAUUCACACGCUGUCACUGGGGGCUUUAUGCAGACCAGGGAGCAGACUCUGCCAUCACCCAAGUUGUGGACGGUAGGCCCUAAGCUGGGCAGUGAUCACCUUGUCUGCACGGCUGAGGCUGGCAUCCCCAACCUAGCUACGGUCUCUGGGCACACAGAAGGACCAGAGGUAGCUACGGGAUGAUGAAUCAUGGUUUAGAACUGGAGUUUCUUUCUUGUCACUUUUUUAAAUUUCUCUUAUAAAUAAAUAUUUUAUUGUUGGGUCAUC